ACCUCUUCAUAUUACAUAAACGAUGUGAAUUUCCUGGAGUCUUAGCCCAGCCCACUUGAGGACUUAUGAAGUCACUUGUUUCUCAAUACAUUUCUCAGUUUUCGAGCGACCCAGUUUAUCACUACGCAGUCCCGGCUAAAGGCAAAAUGUUUCUCUUUGAUUUGUUUUCAGCAACCACCUGGACUCUGUUGGCUGUGUUUUUCACCCUGUUAAUACUGUACGGUGUUUGGCCAUUUGGGACAUUUAAAAAAAUGGGGGUUCCAGGACCAAGGCCAUUGCCCUUUAUUGGAACAAUGUAUCUCUUAAAAAAGGGAUUUAUUGCCACUGACCGUGACUGCCAUAACAAGUACGGGGAUGUGUGGGGAAUGUAUGAUGGACGAACACCGGUCUUAAUGGUGUCAGACCCUGAGAUUAUUAAAACUGUGUUGGUGAAGGAGUGCUACUCAACAUUCACCAACCGCAGGGAUAACAUAGUGGCAGGACCUUUUGACGAUGCAAUAACAACGGUUAAAGACGAAAGGUGGAAGAGAAUUCGGAGCUCUCUAUCACCCUGUUUUACCAGUGGAAGACUGAAGCAGGUUUUUCCCAUCGUUACUUGCUAUGCAGAUCGACUUGUUGAAAAACUUGGACAACAAAAUCUGGAUGAGCCUAUCGAUGUCAAACAAAUAAUUGCACCGUACAGUUUGGAUGUUAUUACCAGUGUGUCUUUUGGCAUUGAGGCUGAUGCCAUUAACAACCCGGAGGACCCACUUAUCGUUCACCUCAAAAAGAUUCUAAACUUCAAUUUCUGGCCUUUCUUUUUAGUCAUGAUAUUUCCCUUUAGUGCCCAUCUGUUGAAGCUCCUGGAUAUCGACUUAAUGCCCAGACUAAGUGUGGAUUAUUUCUACAACAUCAUUAAGAGAUUUAAAAACCAGCGUCAGUCAGAAAAACCACUCCGUGCAGACUUCCUCCAGGUGUUGAUUGACCAUGAGAUACCAGAGGCAAAGGUUAAGAGUGAGCUAGAACAACCAAGUAAAGGUUUGACUGAACAUGAGAUACUUUCCCAGGCUUUCCUCUUCAUCUUUGGUGGCUAUGAGACCACCAGUGUCACUCUCAGCUUUAUCCUUUACAACCUGGCCACCAACCCUGAUGCCAUGAAGACACUGCAGGAAGAAAUUGAUGCCAACCUACCAAAAGACGCUCCUGUUACAUAUGAGGUUGUGGCUGGUUUAGAGUACCUGGACCACGUUAUCAAUGAGUCGAUGCGCUUGGUUCCUACUGCACCUCGGCUAGAGAGAGUGUGUAAAAAAAAUGUCCAGGUCCAUGGACUCAACAUCCCUGAAGGAACUCUUGUUGGGAUUCCUGCUCACCUUUUACACAUGGACACACGCUUUUGGACGUCACCUGAGAAGUUCAGACCAGAGAGGUUCAGUAAAGACAGUGGGGAGGAGAUAAACCCAUAUGCAUUCAUGCCGUUCGGACUUGGUCCUCGUAACUGUGUCGGUAUGCGCUACGCAAUCCUCACCGUGAAGAUGGUCCUCGUCCGUCUCCUGCAGUGCUACACUUUGGAAACAUGCAAAGACACUAUAAUUCCUUUGGCGUUGGACUGGAAGUUUCAGUCCCUGAAGCCUAUAAAACUCAGUUUUGUCCCCAGACAGUAGUAUGAAGAGAGACAGCAUUUCUAAAUUCCUGUUCUCUGUAUUUUAUUCUGUUUUUAAAAAUGUCUCUACUGCCAGCAGGUUAACCAUGAAAGGUUUUACCUUUAUGAUUUAUAAUACGGACAUGUAACACUGUAGGAAAUUAUUUCUUGCCUUUCUGUUAAUCAAGUAUAAGCAUUUUCUUAACUUUGACAGUUUUUUUUUGCAAAUUGUCCUGAAGUUUUAGUUGUAUUUCUUUGUGUCCUUUUGACUUUUUAUAAUACCACAUAUUGAUUUACUUAAAGCAUGUAAAAUGCA